AUGGAUCUCAACAGCUAUCUAAAUCAUCACGCCGUAACUUCAACCACCAUGCGGGAUCAGCCCGCCGAAUUGCCGCCGCAGUUCACCGUCGUGUUACAGUUUUCCUGCAAACUGAUUUCCUCCCUGUUCAUCUUUCACGGAGAUUCCGACGAGCCGGAGUUACGUAGAUGCUACCAUCAUCCCCAGAAAAGCACCACCGUCUCCCUCAAUCUCGGCCAAUUCUUCGACCGGGAAGAAACACGAGAGAUCAUCGAAACCAAUCUCCUCCUCCUGUGCUCGGACAUGGCGCCCACAAUCAGGCAGCGGUGGGUCGACUACGCGGUGAAGAAGGCGAGGGAAGUCGUGGUGUCCAUGCCACCUCAGCACAACGUUGUUAUCGUCAGAUUCCCGGCGACCUUGAAUCUUGACCUAAUCUGCCGCCGCGCGGCGGAGGAGAUGGUCGACCGGAAUAAUUACAUGGUACCUGCUGCGGAGUCGUGGAUCGAAAAGAGCUUGAGUAAGAAGACGUUGACGGAAUAUUCUCCCGACCAGAAAGGAAGCAGUACUACUUGCGCCGUUUGCCUGGAAGAUUUCUCCGGUGGCGGUGAAGAUGAUGUUUCGGUAAUGCCGUGUGAGCAUUAUUUUCACGGAGAUUGCAUCGGAAAGUGGCUGAGGACUAGCCACUAUUGCCCCGUUUGCCGCUUUGAAGUUCCGACGACCGAAACCUAG